AUGGCUAAUUUCUGGUGGAAAACAUCGAGUUCUAAAGGGCAAGACAUUAUAUGGAUGUCUUGGGAUCACAUGGCCACACAAAAGAAUUCAAGCGGUCUAGGCUUUCGUCACCGCGAUGAUUUUAAGCUUGCAAUGUUGGCUAGACAAGGAUGGCGGUUGUUAUGCUCUCCUUCCUCUCUUGCAAGCUGUCUAUAUAAGGCCAAGUACUACCCCCAAAUUGAUUUUCUUAAUGUAGAGCUAGGCAACAAUCAUAGCUUUUUUUGGCGAAGUAUCUGGAGUGCUCAAAGCCUUGUUAAACUCGGUGCUAGGAGAACAAUUGGAACAGGGGAAUCAAACAGCAUUUUGAAACAUCCUUGGCUUCCUGAUCCCACGAACCCAUAUGUCACUUCUCCUGAGAUCGGUCAUGCUAAUCAAAUGGUAAGUUCCAUCCUAGAGAUUUAUUCUAAAGCCUGGGAUACUCCUCUAGUCAAUGAUAUGUUUAAUAAACAAGAUGCUCUGCUGAUUAUAGGUAUUCCUUUGAGUUCUUCUACAGCCGAAGACUAUUGGUCUUGGACUGGGGAAAGAUCUGCAAUUAUUUGUCAUUGGCUUGACUAUUUGUUCAACAAUUAUGAUGAUGAUGUUUCUUGUCGUGCUAUCAUGGUUUGUUGGGCUUUAUGGAAAGUGCGGAAUACACUGGUUUGGAACAGCAAAGCUUCUUCUAUAACGCAGUCAAGAUCAAUGUUGAUGCAUGGAGCCUUUUUUGAGAAAGAAAAUGUUUACGGUUUUGGUGUGGUUGCUCGUGAUUCAUCUGGGCAUCUUGUUGGUCUCACAUCCAAAUACCAAGUCGGUUCCUAUGCGGCUGAGGUGAUCGAAGCACUUAGUGUUAAAGAGGCUCUUAGUUGGCUAAAAGGCAAAGGAUGGAGUAAAGUCAAGGUGGAGACUGAUAGUAUGGUUUCAGUACAAGCAAUCUUUAGUAAGCAACAAAUGACUUCUAUUUUUGGGUUGAUUAUUGAUGAUUAUAAAUUUUUAUUAUCAUCUCUACAAAAUGUUAGUCUUCGUUUUAUUAGACGAUCAGCUAAUCGAGUCGCUCACUUUGUGGUUAGGUGGUCUUGA